CGACGUGGUUCAUCACCCAGUCCUGGCAAGGUCUCAUUUAAUCCUGCUCUCAGCGUUGCCGCGAGAGAAAAGCAGUCUGCCCCCACUCCACCCGCGAUUACUUACUCUCCAGCACGGACGAUCCGCGACAGAGGAUCCAUAACUGGUCCACCAUCUGCCGGCGGCGCUACAGAAGCUGCGCGAGACAGUGUUGUUCACGAAGACGAGCCGCAAGAGGGCGAUUACUGGUGCAAACCGUCCGUCCCAACCUUGAGCUUGAUGAGCUUCGAUGACAUCGCAGAGCUGAGGGGUUUGGUCGUCGGGCGUGUUGGUUUUGGAAAGAUUGAAUUCUUGGACCCCGUCGACCUCACUACCCUUGCCAAACUCUCUCACUUGUUGGGUGAGCAGAUUCGCUUCGACACGCAGGAAUGCAUUGUGUACCCGGAUAGCGACGAUAUCGACAAGCCGCCUCCAGGUAGUGGCCUCAACGUUCGUGCUAGAAUCACGCUUUUGCGCUGUUGGCCUUUGGACAAGGCAACACGAGAGCCUAUCAAGGAUGAGACUCUUCCACAGGUGAUCAAACACACGAAGCGAUUAAAGCACAUGAAGGGAACGAAGUUUGAAGGGUUUGAUAUUCAGGAGGGCAAAUGGACGUUCACAGUUGAUCACUUCUGAUGAAUGUAUAUGCUACUUACUUACCUGUUUUGCUUUCUGUCGGUCGCUCUUCGUUAUGUCAAUGUAUUCAGUAACGUCAUUCUUAGGUUCUGCACCGUGUCGCAACCCUGUGGUUCAAUUGCUUAUCAUGAACGGAAAUGGUACCUUCAGCGCUUCACCUUGGAACAUUAUGUAGAUCGAAAGACUGAACAGAACGUGUACAUGUUUGCAACUUGGCUAAUAUAGCAUCGAUCAUAUGCG